UUAGCGAUCAUGUCUUUAAAUAAUCAAUUUAGCAUCCAUGAUGAUGGUAGUGAUGAUGAGAGUACUUCUACACGUACAAGAAGACAAACAUCAAAAGUUUGGGAUCACUUUACGAAGUUAUCUACCGAUAAUGAUGAGAAAACUAAAGUUCAAUGUAAUAUGUGUAAUCAUAUUUAUGUUGGUGGUCAUGGCACUAAGACAAUGUUGAGGUAUAUGGAUUCUUGUCCGAAAAGAAACUUAGAUGAGGCUGAUUCUUCCAGGAAAAGUAUGCCACUAAAUCAAGAAAAAUAUAGAGAAAUGCUUGCUAGAGUAAUUGCAUUGCAUGGUUAUCCAUUCACUUUUGUUGAACAUCGAGGAAACCGUGAGUUGCAUAGUUUUCUAAAUUCUGAAGUCAAGCAUAUUUCAAGGAACACUGCUAAAACAGAUUUGAUCAAGUUGUACAAGAAAGAGAAAGAAAAUCUUAAACAAGUUUUAAAGCUAGUUCCUAGUAGAAUUUGUCUAACCACGGAUUUAUGGACUUCUUCCACCUCUGACUACUAUAUGUCUCUCAUUGCACAUUGUGUUGAUGACUGUUGGAUAUUGCAGAAUAAGAUAUUAGCUCUAUCUCAUGUUUCAUCCCCAUAUAGUGCAGCAAUUCUAGUAGAGAAGUUAUUUCAUUUGCUGAAGGAUUGGUGUAUUGAAAAAAGAAUUUUUACUGUUACCUUGGACAAUGCAUCAUAUAAUGAUGAUUUCAUGAGAAUUUUAAAAUAUCAUCCAGUUUUAGAAGAUCAUUUUGUUAGUAAUGGUGAUUUUUUGCAUGUGCGGUGUUGUGCUCAUAUUCUAAAUAUUGUUGUGCAAGAUGGGCUAAAGGUUAUCGAUAAAUCAUUGUCUAAGAUAAGAGAAUGCAUCAAGUAUGUGAAGAGUCCUCCUGGAAGAAAAAAGAAGUUUGCAGAGACCAGGAUGUGUCCAACAGUCAUUUUGGACCCCCGAUACAAGGUGAAGUAUGUAGAGUUUUGCUUUGAAAAAUUGGGAGUUAGUUCUGAUUAUGUGUUGACAAUCUUAGAGAAACUGAGAAGGCUUUACAAAGAAUAUGAGCGAGCAUCUCUAGAUACAUCUGUAGCUGAGAGCAAUGGUGAAGAGAACUUUGGAGAUGUUCCUAAUGAUGAGAUUGUUGAGUUUGAAUUGUUUGAGAGUCAACUAUAUUUAGCAAGUAGGUCCAAGUCUCGGUUAGAAGAGUAUCUAAAUGAAAAAUUAGUCAGUUGGAAGAAAAAUGAUCAUUUGAAUGUUCUCGAGUAUUGGAAAGGCGAAUGCGAGAAGCGUCCUCAAUUUUCGAUGAUGGCUCGAGAUAUAUUAAGUAUUCCUAUUACUUCGGUGGCCUCUGAAUCGGCUUUCAGCAUUGCGGGACGUGUGCUUGACAAGUAUCGAAAUCGUCUUCUUCCGGAGAAUGCUGAAGCUCAAAUUUCUCUGGCAGACAUUGAAGAAGGAAAUUUAUUAGUACAUGAUUUCAGUAAUCUAGAGGUUUAUGAAUCGAAAGAUACGGAGCUAACCAUUGUGAAGCUGGAGCAUGAAUCCGUGUCUUAUCAGUUUCCAUAUAGCAAAUUAUCCCUGACACCAUAUGCUGACCAGGCUUAA